GCCUCAGCUUCAGUUAACACUUCACUGUCAGGAGACUGGUGUAAAGAAAAGAGAGAAGCAAGGAGUGACUUUUGACAAUUACCAUAAAAUCACAGAAAAUGUUACAGAAGACGGCAUCUAAUGUGUCAGACAAAGCAAAGAGCAGCAAACCAAAGCGUUCCACAAGCUUUGGCAGGUUUGAAGGCCUCAGACAUCACUCAUCACAAGCCAAACCAGAGGAAAAUGGGACAACUAUGCUCACAGAGGAAUGUGAAAGUUCAGACCCAAACAAAUCAGCUGGACUGGGGAAGAAGAUGAAGGCAAUUUCACUGACCAUGCGCAGAAAAAUGGGCAAAAAAUACACCAAGUCUUUCACUGAGGAGACAAGUGAUGACACAGACAAAGACCCAGAGGCAGAAACCGAGGGCAGCCCUACAGUUGAGAAAAAGUCUGCAAAAACAACCACCUCUUUAGAGAAUCUUUACAUCGGCCAGAGCCACUCUAGUUCAGGCGGUGUGACCAUCGAGUCCAAUGUUUCUAGUCAGAGAGACAGUCUGAGGCUGGAGGAGGAUGGAUCCUACCAGGGACCGUUCUGUGGCAGAGCUCGUGCCCACACAGAUUUUGUUCCCAGCCCGUACGACACAGACUCCCUCAAACUCAAGGCAGGGGACAUUAUCAACAUCAUCAGUAAGCCUCCAAUGGGCAUCUGGACAGGCAUGCUAAACAACAAAGUGGGCAACUUCAAGUUCAUCUAUGUAGAUGUUUUAGCAGAGAAAGAAGAAGAAGAAGAAGCUCCCAAGAUCAGACAACAGAAGCUUUGCAAAAAACCUCGACCUAAAACACUGCUGGAACUACUCGAGCGACUGAACCUCAAGGAGUAUGCCUCUGCCUUACUGCUGAAUGGCUACCAGACAGUGGAGGACCUGAUGCACCUGCAGGAGAAGCACCUGAUAGAGCUGAACAUUAAUGACCCUGAGCACAGACACAGGCUACUUGGCGCUGCUACUUGCCGCUACACAGGUGAUGAUGUCAAGGAUGCAGAAGAGCACACAUCCUCCAACAGUCCACAGGAAGAAGACAGCGACUGUCCCAGAGACUCGGGCUGCUUCAUCCCAUCUGAAUGUUCAGAUGGCAAAGAGGACACAGAGCAGCUCACGGAUGCUGUCAGUUCUUAAUGUGCUUAUUUAUCAGAUGGAUAUUUGACAUUUAGAGUUCUAGGUUGGGUAUUUUCUUAGGACUUUGAUGAAAAUAGUUUAACCGAUAAAAAUAGUUUAACCAUGUAUUCAUCAUAUUAAUAUCACUCACUGAUGUGUGAUACAGUAUUGUACAGGAAAAACAUCCAAUAUUCUAAAUGUCAUCUUAUCCUUUUGUAUUUAUGAAGAUAUUAAUCAGGCUGUAAGGUUUUUUGAGCUUCAUUUUUUAUUGUAUGUUGUUGAAGAAGUGACAUUUUUGUUUAAACAUCACAUGUAUUUAUUGUAUUCUAAACCAUUCAGUGUUUCCACAUAUAAAGCCAUUAUUUAUCACAACUGCAUUUACCUUCCUCAUCAAAUCCAAUCUAAAUUCAUUCAGUGUAACCUUUUUUCUCCUAUGAAUGAGGUGACAAUGUGAGUUUGAACAAUGCACAUUCAGAUCUUGCCUAUCAAGUAUACUGUACAGUGUGUGAGCACGUGUGUGUGUGAGAGAGACUGCUUGUGCACUCAUUUGAAAGUCAGUGUUAAUCUGUUUCCACCACUUUUUGUAAAUAAAAUUAAUAAAG